AUGGCCACCACAAGCCUCUCUCGCCUCAUUGUUCUCGUUAUGUUUUUCCAUUUUCUUCUUCUACUUCGAGGUUCCGCCAACCCGGAUUUUGAAGCUCUCGUGGCCUUCAAAAUCGCUUCAGACACAUCAAAGAGGCUCACAACAUGGAACACAAGCACCAACCCAUGUGCCUGGACCGGCGUCUCAUGCAUCAGAGACAGAGUCUCGCGACUCGUUCUCGAAAACCUCGACCUCCAAGGCUCCAUUCACCCCUUAACUACUCUAACUCAGCUACGGGUUCUGAGCCUUAAGGGGAAUCGUUUUUCCGGUCCCGUUCCCAACCUCUCCAACUUCACCGCUCUGAAGCUUCUCUUCUUGUCUCAUAACGACUUUUCCGGCGAGUUCCCGGCGACCGUCACGUCGCUCUUCCGCUUGUGCCGUCUCGAUCUUUCCCACAACAACUUCUCCGGCGAGAUUCCGGCGACGGUCAACCAGUUGACCCACCUCCUCACUCUCCGUCUCGACGAGAACAGAUUCUCCGGCCACAUUCCCGACGUGAACCUUCCCAGCUUGCAAGACUUUAACGUCUCCGGCAACCGCCUCUCCGGCGACAUACCCAAGUCCUUGUCGGGCUUCCCCGAAUCCUCGUUCGGGCAAAACCCGUUUCUCUGCGGAGCCCCAAUGCAUAAAUGCGUGUCUGGGUCCAACCCAACUCAACCUGGAUCCGAGGGUGCCAUUGCUUCGCCAUUGUUGCCGCGCGGCAACACCCCAACAACAACGGUUUCAUCUUCGCCAAGCUCAAUGCCGAGAACAACAUCAUCGAGUAAUAAAGGCCACGAAAACGGCGGUUCGAAAAUAAGUCCGGUGGCUCUUAUAGCCAUCAUAGUCGGCGAUGUUCUGGUCCUCGCCGUAGUGUCUCUGCUUCUGUAUUGCUACUUCUGGAGAAACUACUCUGCGAAGUUGAAGGAGGGAAAAGGAUCAAAGCUGUUUGAGAGCGAAAAGAUAGUUUAUUCGUCGAGUCCAUACCCUGCUCAAGGAGGGUUUGAGAGGGGUCGAAUGGUGUUCUUCGAAGGGGAGAAGAGGUUUGAACUGGAGGACUUGCUUCGAGCUUCCGCAGAAAUGCUUGGGAAAGGAGGGUUUGGAACCGCAUACAAAGCGGUGCUCGAUGAUGGCAAUGUGGUUGCGGUGAAGAGGCUGAAGGACGCGCAGAUUGCAGGAAAGAGGGAGUUCGAGCAGCACAUGGAGGUUUUGGGAAGGUUAAGGCACCCCAACAUUGUUAGUUUGAGGGCUUACUAUUUUGCUCGCGAUGAGAAGUUGUUGGUCUAUGAUUACAUGCCCAAUGCUAGCUUGUUCUGGCUCCUUCACGGGAACCGAGGACCCGGACGAACCCCACUGGACUGGACCACGAGACUGAAGAUAGCAGCUGGAGCGGCAAGAGGCUUGGCCUUUAUUCACAACUCGUGUAAAUCCCUUAAGCUCACCCACGGUAACAUCAAAUCCACCAACAUCCUCCUAGACAAGCAGGGAAACGCAAGAGUGUCAGAUUUUGGCCUUUCAGUGUUCGCGGGCCCCGGCCCAGUAGGUGGGAGAUCGAACGGGUACCGUGCUCCGGAAGCAUCGGAUGGUCGAAAACAAAGCCACAAGUCUGACGUGUACUCUUUUGGUGUUCUCUUGCUGGAGCUGCUGACAGGGAAGUGCCCCUCGGUGGUGGAGAGUGGUGGGGCAGGGAGUGGGUACGGUGGGGUAGUGGACCUGCCGAGGUGGGUCCAGUCGGUGGUGAGGGAGGAAUGGACGGCGGAGGUGUUUGAUUUGGAGCUGAUGAGGUAUAAGGAUAUUGAGGAGGAGAUGGUGGGGUUGCUCCAGAUAGCCAUGGCUUGCACUGCGCAUGCGCCUGAUCAACGGCCCAGGAUCAGCCACGUGGUGAAGAUGAUUGAGGAGUUGCGUGGUGUAGAGGUGUCGCCGUGUCAUGACACGUUGGACUCGGUGUCCGAGUCGCCGUCUUUGUCUGAAGAUGCCUGUGGGACUAGUCAGUGAUGCAUAUUAUUUAAGUAUGGUUUUGACGAGAUGGACUAGCCACUAGCAUUCUUGUAAUAAUGUAGAUCAGAUUCUUCGGGCGUUCUCCCUUUCAAUUUUUUAUGUUUUUUUUUUUUUUCUAUCUCGUAUUUGUUGAUGAUCCUCUGCCCAGUUUCUGAAUGCCAAUUUAAAAUUUUCGUUCCAGCCCAUUUCAGAAUAUUAAAUUAUAGGUUUUGAGUUCGAAUUAUUUUGAUCUAUUUAAAUAUAAAAUGAGUUUGAGUCUC